AUGGCCUGGGGAAAGCCUGGAACCGGCGUGGUGAAGUCGUACGCCGUGGAGUGGUCGACCAUGGAGCAGACGACAGCCAAGGCCGCGGAGCGGGUGAGGGACGAGCGAGUGCCCGAGGAGGAAGAGGAGGAGGACGAGGACCCCGUGUGCCCGCUCUGCAUUGAAGAGCUCGACGCCACGGAGAUCCAAUUCCGGCCCUGUCCCUGCGGCUACCGCGUGUGUCUGUUCUGCUACGAGCGAAUCAAGCUCGAGCUCAAAGGCAUCUGUCCCAGCUGCCGCUCGCCCUAUGGCGACCCGCAAAUGGCGGCGCCGCCGCAGCCAACCGCAUCGGGUGCGUCGUCGGGUAAACGGCGGGGGUCGAUCUCUCGCAACGGCGACAGCAAGGCGUCCGAGCAGGGAGCGUCGAUCGCGGGAGCGUCGCUGGGAGUGUCGAUUCUUGGAGCUGGCGAUCAUCGCUGCCAUUCGCGAGUGUCGCCCGCUCCGCCGAUACUCGCGUCAUCGGAAUUCCCGACUUUAUCGUCGUCGCCUCCUCUCUCAGUUCAACCUAGACGGGGGCCGUCAUGGGAGAAGCCUCGUUCGGCCGUUCCACCGUCAGCCGCCCCACCAUUCCCACCUCCAUCAUCGUCAUCUUCAGCAGCAGCAGCCGCAGCAGCAUCUUCGUCAUCAGCAUCGAUGUCGUUAGCGCCAUGGGCGUCUGUCUCAGCCACAGCCACAGCCACAGCCACAACCACAACCACAGCCGCAGCCCCGCCAUCGUCGUUUCCGCCGCUCCUACCGCUCGACCCGCCUCAUCAGCCGGCUUCGCAGAGCCACGUGGCUUCGAGUCACGCUACGCAGAGCCGCGCAGCUGCGGCUGCUGCGGGCGGGCGGCGUUUGUCGUCUGACGCCCAUGCCGCGCCGAGCGGUGAAACCACCGCUACGUCUUGGCCCGCGCUUAAGGCAGAGCCAGCGACGGCGGGUCCGUCUGUGUCCGCCGUAUCGAGUCACGCUCAAACGGGGAAGUCUGCAAGCAGGGACUCACGGAAGGAGUCGGGCGGGGAGAAGGGGAAGGAAGCGGGGAGAGUUGCCGAGGGUGCCAAGGCCGCGACGGUCGCUUCUGCGGGUUCUGCGCUGGCGGGUAGGAAGCAGCAGCCUCAACCGCAAACCUCGGCGGGUGCUUCAGCGGAUGUCGCGGUAUCGAGUUCCUCGUCGUCCGCUGCCGCUCGUUCUUCCGCCAAGGCGUCGACUCGCACUAUCAGUCCCCCGCCCGUGCCUGCCGACUCCGCAUCUCGCGUGCCUUCCACCGCAUCUCUCGAGCAGCCGCGCGACGACGGUGCGACCAGCGUCGGCAGCGGCGCGACCGCGAGCAGGAGCAACGCGAGGAACAGCGCCACCGCCACUGGCGGCAGCGGCAGCGGAAACGAUAGCGGCAGCGGCAGCGGCAGCGGUAGCGGUAGCGGUAGCAGCAAGAGCAGCGGCGGCGGCGGCGGGCGCAGCAGGAGCAGCAGCAGCGGGAGAGGGAGCUCGUCCGACGAUGAGAUGGGGUUCAGCCUGAGCGACCAGCUCGCAGAAAUGCUGCUCAACAGUCCCGGCCGCGCCGACCUUGGUGCUUCCGCCGCGCAAGCAACCGCAGCAGAAGCCGGUGAGGUGAAAGCAGAUGAAACGCAGAGCCGCGCAGGCGAGCGCAGCGUGGUUCAGACUUCGGUCCCCGAACCUGCCAGUUCCGUUGUGCCGAAGCCAUCCUCCUCGGUUCCUUCAUUCCAGAGAAUUCGGGACGCCGCGUCACCGCACAGCACCGAUUCAUCCAUCCCGCUCGCCGCUGCCGGCCCCCACGGCAGCAUCUCAUCGCCGUCCUUUUCCACGUGGCUCUCGCCGCACUCCACCUCCUCCGCUGCUACCCUCUCCAAACCCGUCCUAUCCACCCCUAACGGGGUGGCUUGUAACGGGAUCGCUGUCGCGGGCUGGGCGUCCUCCGGCGGGAGCGGGCUGGAGCGGCUGCAGCAGCUGCAGGCGCUGCAGCGGCAGCUGCAACAGGCUUUCGUGGGCGUGGGAUGGUCAACGGACGAGAUGCAGCGCGCCAGUGAGAUCGUCGCCGCGGCCAAGCAGUCUCAGAGCCGCUUCUCGGGUGCCGCAGCAGCAGCAUCAGCAGCGGCAGCGGCAGCAGCGGUCGCGCCGGCUGUAGCAGCAAUGCCGCCUGCGGCUUUGACGGGUGUAGUCCCAGCAGCAGUUGCCACGUUUCCCCUUUCCGCUACCCCCGCUGCCCCUGCGUCCGCCCCUGCUCCCAAAACUGCCCCAUCCAAGCCUGUCACCCCGCCCCCGGGCUUCCGCCCUUCCGCUCCCCCUGGCUUCGCGCCCCUGUCCCCGCCUCCUGGGUUCGGCCCGUCCGCGGGCGCCAAGAAAGCGGACGCGGGCGCGCUGGGGCAGGCGGACAUGCAGGCGCAGGCCGCCGCCGCCGCAGCAGCAGCAGCGGCAACAGCAGCAGCAGCAGCGCGGGCAGGGUCGGGGCUAGGGCUUUCCGGAUCGACCGGGGCAGCAUCCUUUGGCGCGGCGGGUGCAGCAGCAGCAGGGGGGAAUCUGGGCGUGCAAACGGCAGAGUCAGCAGCAUGGGGGUGGGGGGUGGCGGGAGCAGUUGCCUCCGCCUCCGCCUUGGCGGCAGGCGCGUCCUCCUCCGCCUCGUUUUGCUCGCCGCUGCUUACCUCUGGCUACUCCAGUGCUUCAGGCUACACCACCACCAGUGCAGCAGGCUAUUCCGGUGCCGCUGGGUAUUUCUCAGGGUAUACCGGUGUUGGAGGGGUGUCGGGGCGGAGUGGGAGCGAGGUUUGGGCGUCGGGUAGUGUGGGGGCGGUGAGAGGGACGUGGGGUGGAGGGGAUGCGGACGCUGCUGUGGCUGCUAUUGCGAGCAUCUGGGGGCAGGAGAACAGUGCCACGGCUGCUGUGGGUUCGAUCAAGCUGGGAUCCGCUGCAGAGACUACCAAGUGGCAGUCAGUGGGGUCAGGCCUCCAGUCCUUCACGGGUGGUUCAAUGUCCAUCCCCAUGUCCUCCUCCCUCUCUCUCCUCGGAGCUUCCAUCUGGAGCAAUGGGAGCAACAGCUCCCUGCAGCCCUCUCAGCCCGGCAUGUGGGGUUCCUCGCCCCUUGCGCGCUCCCCCUCGCCUCAGCUUGCAGCAGCUUUGUCCUCGGCUGCGCCGAACUUGCAGGGUGGAGCGGGUGGGGCAAGGGCCGGCACUCACCUCAACCAGCGGUGCAUCCUGGCCGUUGAUCGCGGCAGCAUCAACGCAUCCCUGCUGGCCGACACGUCGUCCGCGGAUUAUCUGGAGAACAACGCCAAGCACCUGCCGUCAUGGCUCUCCUCGCAGCUCAUCAACCAACUGUACGCUCAGCGCCAUGGCUACACCUUUUACUCGAUUGAAGCCAUCACGCCCAUGCUCAUAAGUGAAGGCAUCGACCCCAACACCAUUAACAGGAUCGCCUUUAUAAACCGCCAGCUGGCGUGCUGCUGCCGGUGGGUCCUAGCCCUGGUGGACGGGGCAUACAUACGCCUGGAGCAGCACAGCCUCUCUGUGGAGCUCUGGCUCGCACGCCUUGCCCGGCCCGACACGUUUGAGUGGAUCACGCGGUCGGGCAUCGACAUGGCCAACCAGACCUGGCUCCCCUCCGACCCUGCCCACCUGGUGGCUGAUGGGGGGGUUGGCGCGGAUGGGGGCUCACAGCAGGACGGGAGGACAGGGGGCGUGGGUGAACGGCAGGAGGAGCAGAGGGGGCAGGGGAAGGGAAGGUUGGGGGACGAGCAGGAAGGAGCAGGGAAGGAGGAGGGGGAGGGGAGGAUAGGGAAGGGGCGGGCACGGCCGUUGAUAGGGCUGGUGGGGCGGUCGGGGGAUGGGGUGUAUGGGCUGGCAGGCAAGGCGGGGACUCUCUUUCAUGAGAGUGUGCCGUUUGUGGGGAAUGCUGCUGUGCUGCUCACACACAGUGGCGACACGUUCAAGUUCCUGUCGCUAUGGCAGGCCAAGUCAGCAGCACUGGGGUGGGAUUUCACGGGCCUGCAGGCAGCAGUGAGGGAGUUUGCCGCCCAGAUCGCCAUCGUGCCGCACCUGGAGAUGGGCGGCUUGCACAGCCGUGCCAUCCGGUACGCGUUUUUUGGAAGCAACCAGGAAGAUGCUAAGAAGGUUCUUGCAACGGCUUUGUUGGCUGCCGUGAAAUUUCACCAGGCAUGGAAGGACAGCAAUGGUGAAACUGAUUGA